AUGGCUAGGAAAAGGCGUGAAGUCCUUUCACGAGAGUGCAAUAUCCAGACGGAAAUUUCUAAUUCAUUUUAUGAUUCAUGUGGCAUUGAUAACAUAGUGGGUGUAAUAGAUGGCACUCAUAUACCUAUUGUGAAUUGUCCUGGUGGUGAAAAUGAUUAUAUUAACAGGAAAGGAUUUCCAUCGGUACAGUUGCAGUUGGUUGUUGAUGACAAUUUAAUGAUAAUGGAUGCGUAUGUUGGAUGGCCAGGAAGCACACACGAUGCUAGAGUUUUAAGAAACUCUGCAUUCUUCAAUAAUGCAGAAACUGGAAGAGUAAUAUCUACCAGAAAAUUCAUCAUUGGGGAUGGAGCAUAUCCACUGAAGAACUGGCUAAUUACUCCAUACCGUGACAAUGGUCACUUAAGAAUCAAUCAAAGGAGAUUUAAUCGUGCCUUAUCGUCUGCUAGACAAUGUGUUGAGAGAGCUAUGCACUUUUUAAAGGGCAGAUUCAGACGUUUGCAGAAAUUGUAUUGUCAUAACAUUGAAGAUAUUUGUAAAGUAGUUCUAGCAGCUUGUGUCUUACACAAUUUAUGUAUUUUAUGUGAAGAUAAAAUUGAACAGUUCAUUGACAUGAAUCAAGCUCAGGAUGUCAACAACUAUCCCAACAUAUUUGCAAACAAUGCAGACGGCUGUACAAAUUCGGGAUACCAUAGCAAAUACUUUGUAAGAUUUGAUGAUGCAGCAUACUUUUUUGUUUAA